UGAUUGAUAUAGGGGACUGAGAGCACAUUUCUCCAGGCUUUACCGCGACUGUUUCUGCUAGAGACUCAUACAAACCUGUUAUUCAAGUAGACAGAAUCACUAGUGUUUCAGCGUUUCUCGCACUGUAGUAGUGCACAUUUAUAUCUGCGUUUUCAACGUGCAAAACAAUCCUUUGCACAAGUAUUUAUUCAUUUGAAGAGCAUCAUAUCCCGGACUCGAUGGAUUUUCUGUGGUUGGUGUGCGUUGCAGUGAGCGUCAGCGCCUGGUACGCGUCUGCGGAGCGACACAGUGUUUACUGGAACAGAACGAACGCAAAUUUCCUAUGGGAUGAUUACACCGUGGAGGUCCGCAUUAAUGACUAUCUGGACAUCAUCUGCCCUCACUACACUCGUGGCGAGAUCCCAUCCCAGGAGGCCGAGCGGUACGUGCUCUACAUGGUGGAGUUGGAAGACUACGAGAACUGCAAGCCCCAGUCCUUUGACCAGCUGCGCUGGGAGUGCUCCAGACCUUUCGCUCCUCACGCUCCAGAGAAGUUCUCGGAGAAGUUCCAGCGCUUCACCCCCUUCACUCUGGGCAAAGAGUUCCGUCAGGGAGAGAGUUACUACUAUAUUUCCAAGCCUCUUCACCAUCAUGGACAGGAGUGUUUGAGACUGAAGGUGGAUGUAGUUGGACCUCAUCACAAGAAGAAGACCAUGGAAAAACAUGAGGAAUUAGAGGGGAAGGUAGCGGCUGGUGGAGUCCAUAACCCAUCAAACAGGCUUCCAGCAGAUGACCCUAUUGCCAUGAUCCCAGUUGUGCAGAGGAGCGUGGGCAGUUCGGGUGUUCGCAUUGCUCCUGUCUCAAGUUUCAUCACGUUGAUCUCUAUAUUCCUCUUCCUGCUUCUCCACUGAGCCUAAUAUGAGAUAACUUUAUGGACGCUGGUCCUUAAGGACACAACAGACUGUAACACCGGUGCUGGUUACCGGCUUUCAGAAUAGAUUUUAUAUGAACCUUUUUUAUACAAACUGAAAUUUUGGUGCUGGCGUGCAAGUUGCUGAGUGACGUGUUUGUAUGUGUGUUUGUGAGAGUGAUGUGACCAGAGAAAGGUGUUUUUGAAGAGCCUUCUCCAUUUUUUUAAAAUUCCGUUCUAUGAUUAUUUUCCACAUCUGCUUUUUUUUAUUUGACUUUUGUAAAAAGAAUGUUUUCUUUCUUAAAAGUGAAUCACAACUUUAAUUACCAAUGUGAUGCAGAAUAAACCCUGAAGACCGCAGAGCUUGUCUUGUAACCAUUAGCUGUAUAACUGGAAUUGUGAUCACAAGGGUGAACAGUAGACUAGAUAUUGUGUUUGAUGAAGACCUUUGCUCUACUGUACCGAUUUGAGUCAAAGACCACAGGAUUUAUCUUAAAACUGCCCCUGAUCUUGCACCUUAUAAAGAAUUGAUGUUCAUGCAUAUAACAGUGUUUGUAAAUCUAGAAGAGUUAUCAAGCAUUGGUGUUUCCCGUGUUUUGGAUCUCGUGUUGCUCUAGUUUCAGUUGGUUUUUGUGAUGUAAUGUGAACACACCCUACAAAAUGUACUGGCACUAAUGUUUAGAUGAGAUCAAAGUUGUUUUUUUUUUUUUUCAUAAAACAUCAUUUGGUUUUGAAUAGGAAUGUUGGGUUAUGCUGUUUGUGUUUGUGAGAGAGUGAGAGAAAGAAGCCGGACUUCUGACUGAGAGCAGAACAUGCACAAACAAUUCAAACUGUUGAAUAAUUUUUUUCAAAUAAGUUAAAAGAAUUAUUUUUUUUUUGGUAAAAGCUGUGUUUUGUACUGUAUUUGUUUAUAAACUUGUACAUAGUUAUGUAAAAAAUG